AUGGCAGUUCCAAAUGGUUUUAAUUUAGAACUCAUUCAGGUGCUUUUCAGACAUGGAGCAAGAUCUUGUUCCAAAACCGAAGCUACAAGAAUGAGUGCUGAACACAUUGACCAGUCAUUUCAGGAAGCCGUUGGCGACGCACAAUUAACAAAUUACGGGAAGUCGCAGGCUUACGGCCUCGGCUGCGCCCUGAGGGAUCGAUACGCCGGCUUCCUGGGCGCGGGAUACCGGCCCGAGGACGUUUACGCUCGCAGUUCCGACUACGACCGUACGAAGAUGUCGCUGCAGCUCGUCCUCGCGGGUCUCUACCCACCUAUCGGCCAUCAGAUCUGGAACUCCGAACUCAAUUGGAUGCCCAUUCCCUACGACUACAAGCCUAUUAUGGAGGACAUACUUUUGGUGCCAUUUUUCAACAAGAGAUAUCAGCAGCAUUUAUCCGAAGCAUUUAAUUCAGCAACUGUCCAAGAAAAGUUGAAAAAAAUACAAGAAUUGAGUAAUCUUUUAUUCGAAAGUGGAAUUAUUACAGAAAAGAAAUCCAUCUCUCUUAUAAAUGCAUUAGUAAUAUUUAAUGUUUCAUACAUAUACAAAGCACAGAAUGCAACGCUUCCACGUUGGUGUUCGCAGAAUAUAUACGAUGUUUUAAAAGGUGUUUAUUCAGAUUAUUUAGAUAUAAUGUCAAUGACAUUAGAAGAGAAGAAAUCAAGCGGAGGAAUACUAAUAAAAGAAUUUUUAGAAAAUUUUGAUGCUGAUGAUCAGAAGACAAAUAAGAAGAAAAUGUAUUUAUAUUCUGGUCAUGAUUUUACUCUCGCUUCAUUUAUAAAUGCUCAUACUCUUCAAUAUUCAGAGUAUCCAAAAUUUUCAAGUGCUGUGAUUCUAGAAAAAUUAAGGGAUACUCAGAACAAAUUGUAUGUUAGGAUUCUUAUUUACAAUGGAAAAGAAUUUACAACUUUAAAAUUAUGGAAUCACGGGGAUUUAUGUACUAUCAAUGAAUAUCUUAAAGCUGUAAAGAAUGUUAUCCCCACGGACGAUGAUAUAGAUUCUAUGAUAAAUGCAGGAACUGCAGAUUUUCUAAAUGUUCUACUGAAUAAAUAAUAAAUAAAGUUGAAU